UCAUAUUUUGUUUGUUAUUGUCCAUACUUCUAGUUACAUCGUGUGAUCCAUUGAACCCUGAUGUUUUGAAGUAUCACCCUCCUGUGAGGCAGAUUCGAAGACUACCUGUAAACUAUCAGCCCCCAAAACUACAGCAGUACUAUGAAGAUUUAAAAGUGGUGAAAAACCACAUAAGGAAAUUGACGGAAUUUCACCGGAAUUUACGAAAGACAUACAAAGGAUGCUUCAUACUUUAGACCUCUAUAAUCUUUCGUCAUUUUUUAAUUUCAUGAUCCAAAUUGAAGAAUGAAGAGUCAACAAUUUCACAGUGAGGUCAACGUGACAGAAAAUUUCUGUCGACACAAGUUGUAAACAUCAGCACAUUUACAUUGAACCGCGACUCCAAGUCAGUACAAAUAAUUUUUAUACGCAGAACACCUCGAGUGUAGUUGCUGAAAAUUAGUUAUCGCUCAUUUCCAACGGCAAAUUAUCAAGGGGCCAUAAUAUAAAAUAUACGUUCAGUCGAGAGUAACGAUGACUUCCCGGUACGUGAUUCUUGUGCGUCUCGCAAUAAUAUUUACGAUGUCGAUGGUUGUUGUCAGCGACGAGUUUACUAAAGAGCACAAACAUCUCCUGGAAAAGAUCUCAAAGGUCCUGUCAGGUGCUGAACCCUUGCCAGAGAAUAUAGUAGGAAAACGGGAGACCUCAUUGGAACGCACAGAGAAAUUGAAUCGUGGAUUCCAAAAAAUGAUACAAGUUGUUAACGUUCUCGGUCAAGUGGACAGUUUUCUCACUGAUCGUGCAAAAACCGUUGUACGGAAACUCAAUGCCAUUUAUGAUGCCGACGAUGACAAACGUAUGCGUAGACGUACCGAUUGAUUAACUCUCAUCAUCUUCAUUUUAAUCAAACCACAAUUUUGAAAUAUUUUCCAUUAUUUAAUUUAUUGUAUAGAAAACAAUUUUACAUUUUCAUUUGUGUCCUAAACUAAUGUUGUAUAAAUAAAGAAAAAAACCGUAAUACUCAGAAAAACUCUGAAUGGGCAAUCAAA